AUGGUGGAGAAACUUUUACCUGAUGCAAUUUCUGGUUCUGCGUUGAAUAUGGAGGCAAAAUUUUCUCAAUUAGCACUUGAUAUCAAAGCUUUAUGUAAGAUCAUUCCACGACAAAUAAAGGCUGAAAAUGCAGUUUCUGUAAUCAGACAUACAGUUGAAGAACUCAUUGCAAAGUGCAAAGAGAUUUACCCUUCCGCUUUGGAAAAAGCACAUGAAGAAGUUGACAGAGUUUUGGGAGGACGCUCUCCGACCUAUGAAGACAUGAAGAAUCUCAAGUUCUUAACACAGUGCAUAAUUGAGUCUCUCCGACUUUAUCCACAUCCACCUGUUCUAAUAAGAAGAGCUCAAGUAGCUGAUGUGCUCCCCGGAAAUUACAAGGUCAAUGCUGGUCGAGAUAUAAUGAUUUCGGUAUACAACAUUCAUCAUUCUUCCGAGGAUCAAUGCGGGGAUCAAAUUUGAAUGGUGAGUGCCACAACUCAACUUGAUUUAGAUUGAAGUGAAUGAUGAAGAAUUUUUGAAAUAUUUUUAUAUAGGUUUAUAUACAUUUGGUUUUCUGUGGAACUUGGUAUAAAUUUUUAUUAUGUUGUUUUCUAAUUAGUAUGUAAAAGACUCUUUUUAAAAUCUAAUCUAUGCACUUCAAUUAUUUAUUAGCUAAUUGGUGCGUGAGAUUAUAUAUAAAUAUGUUGUUUAUCUAA